AUGUCCCUCGUCCCAGCCCGUGUCCCCUGGUCCCAGCCCGUGUCCCCCUGGCCCAGCCAUGUCCCUGGUCCCAGCCUGUGUCCCUGGUCCCAGCCUGUGUCCCGUGGUCCCAGCCAGUGUCCAACCAGCCCAGCCAUGUCCCUGGUCCCAGCCCAUGUCCCCCUGGCCCAGCCAUGUCCCUGGUCCCAGCCUGUGUCCCGUGGUCCCAACCAGUGUCCAACCAGCCCAGCCAUGUCCCUGGUCCCAGCCUGUGUCCCCUGGUCGCAGCCCAUGUCCCACCAGCCCAGCCGUGUCCCCUGGUCCCAGCCGGUGUCCCCUCAGCCCAGCCAUGUCCCCUGGUCCCAGCCCGUGUCCCCUGGUCCCAGCCCAUGUACCCCCAGCCCAGCCGUGUCCCCUGGUCCCAGCCCGUGUCCCCUGGUCCCAGCCAUGUCCCUGGUCCCAGCCCGUGUCCCCCCAGCCCAGCCCGUGUCCCCCCGGCCCAGCCGUGUCCCCUGGUCCCAGCCCGUGUCCCCUGGUCCCAGCCAUGUCCCUGGUCCCAGCCCGUGUCCCCCCAGCCCAGCCCGUGUCCCCCCGGCCCAGCUGUGUCCCCUGGUCCCAGCCCAUGUCCCCCCAGCCCAGCCGUGUCCCUGGUCCCAGCCCGUGUCCCCCUGGCCCAGCCGUGUCUCCUGGCCCCAGCCCGUGUCCCCUGGUCCCAGUCCGUGUCCCCCCAGCCCAGCCCGUGUCCCCCCGGCCCAGCCGUGUCCCCUGGUCCCAGCCCAUGUCCCCCCAGCCCAGCCGUGUCCCUGGUCCCAGCCCGUGUCCCCCUGGCCCAGCCGUGUCUCCUGGCCCCAGCCCGUGUCCCCUGGUCCCAGUCCAUGUCCCCCCAGCCCAGCCGUGUCCCUGGUCCCAGCCCGUGUCCCCUGGUCCCAGCCCGUGUGCCCCCAGCCCAGCCGUGUCCCCUGGUCCCAGCCUGUGUGCCCCCGGCCCAGCCAUGUCCGCUGGUCCCAGCCCGUGUCCCCUGGUCCCAGCCAUGUCCCCUGGUCCCAGACUAUGUCCCCCCGGCCCAGCCAUGUCCCCUGGUCCCAGCCAUGUCCCCUGGUCCCAGCCAUGUCCCUGGUCCCAGCCCAUGUCCCCUGGUCCCAGCUGUGUCCCCUGGUCCCAGCCCGUGUCCCCCCGGCCCCAGCCAUGUCCCCUGGUCCCAGCCCGUUUCCCCCCGGCCCAGCCAUGUCUCCUGGUCCCAGCCCGUGUGCCCCCGGCCCAGCCGUGUCCCCUGGUCCCAGACUAUGUCCCCCCGGCCCAGCCAUGUCCCCUGGUCCCAGCCCGUGUCCCCCCGGCCCAGCCGUGUCCCUGGUCCCAGCCCGUGUCCCCCCGGCCCAGCCAUGUCCCCUGGUCCCAGCCCGUGUCCCCCCGGCCCAGCCAUGUCCCCUGGUCCCAGCCAUGUCCCUGGUCCCAGCCCAUGUCCCCUGGUCCCAGCCCGUGUCCCCCCGGCCCAGCUCAACCCACGCUGCUAGGUUUGCCAGCUGA